AUGACAGUAAGGAUUCCAUUUGGAGAAUAUUGGGACGUCGUAAAGAGAUAUGUGAUCACAUUCGAUCUCUCAACGCUGAAUGGACGAUUUACUGGUGGUGUCACACAAUAUACACACGAGAAUCCAUUGACAGUCAUUGGAUUUACGCUUUUGGCAGGUGUCUUGAUGGGAGCGUUCGCGUUCUUGGCAGCGCAAAUCUCUGUGAGAAGAAAUCGACCAAAGAAAUUGACACAAAAGGUGCCAACGAUUGAUGAAGAGGAAGAAGAAGAAUUGAAUGAACAAGAUUUCAACAUUCCACUACCAUUACGUGGUGGGUUUGACACGAAAAUGUUAGCAAGUCUUCGAAAAACGAGAGGAUUGAUAAGGCAGGAUGGCGAUACUUUGAUUGAGACAAAGUUCCAUUGUUCACUUGAAGGAGAAACUGAAGAGCUGCUGAAAGAGGAGAAGAAAGAAAAGAAGAAAAAGGACAAAUCGAAGAAAAAUAAGAACAAUGAGAAGAAAGAAAAUAAUGAGAACGGCGAGAAGAAUGAGAAGCCGGAGAAGAAAGUCGCAUUCGAUAAGACAGUGAUCAACAACGAUGAGAAAGAUUUCGGCGAUUUGAGCGCAUUGGCCAAUGAAAAUAUUCUGGGGACACUUGGUGAAUUGCACGGGAAAUUGAAAACGGCUGAGAUUCGAGCUAAAUCGAGACUGAUCGAAAGGGAAAUGAGUCAAGAGCAAUUGGAUGAGGAAGCCCGUAUCCGAGCUCAACAAAUGGAGGCAAUCUUCAAGUUGAUGAAGGCGGAUGAGCAAAAAUUCGGGAUCCACGACAAGGAUGAAAUGGAAGAACAAUUUCGGAUGUAUUCCCUG